CACUUUUUCAUAUGCUGGUUCUCUCAACAAUCAGAUGUGUAUCGAAUUUCAAAAUUCCACUUUUUCUGAAGCUUCUUCUCUCAUUUUUAUCUGCCUUUGCCUUUGCCUUUGCCUGUCCCCUCUCCUUUCUGAUUAAUGGAUUUUAAUUUAAUGGAUUCUUUUGAGGGGGGUUUUCGUUUUCCAAAUUGCAUGGCAAAAUCCAAGUCUUCAAGCUCUGAAGCCUCUACAAAAUCAUAUAUGUUUCUUCUUCUUCUUGGAUUUCUUUUCAUCUCCCUUGUUCUCGUUCACUCUUCUGAUCCUGUUAAACCAUCCAUGAAGACGGCAGUUUCCUCCACAAGGCGUCUCGUCCCGGAUUCUCCGAAAGCGUCUGCUACAAAUUCAAUGGAUGUUCAUGUUCAUCCUAAAAAGAGGCCAAAUUCACAUACUUGGGGAGAAUUCGGAGCUGGUGCUCAUGAAGUUCCAAGUGGCCCAAACCCUAUUUCAAAUAAGUAAAGUAAAUUAAGUUGGUUUUGGAGCAUGAAAUAUCAGUAUUGUAAGCCAGUUGUGAGGAAGAUGCUGAAGUUGUAGCUGCCUGUUAUUAUUAUUAGUACCAGUCUCCAUUAAUACUAGUUACUUGUAUUUCUGGUGAAAAGUUUGUCGGCUUUUAUUGUCUUUUUCA